CACCUCCCACUUGGUAGCAGUGGUUUUUUGCCAGACAGGGCAGUGGGUCCUGUAGAGUGGGAAAAUGAGGAUGGAGGGGUGGAGGACUGUGCUCUGACCGUAGACGCAUCUGUGGGAACUGACCGCGGCUGUGGAUGCUGGACGCUGCACACAGUACACGGCGGACAAGUUCUGGGGGAAAGCAAGACCUUCCUCAGCUCGCUGGACGGCUGUUUGUUUCUGUGCGAUCCAGUUAGCGUUGGGCACAUGGAUUUAUGUCAGCGGCUCUGAAACGCCAAAUGAUAACCAUGUCAGGAGUCUGGCUGAAAAUUGCCUCAGUGGUGAAUUUCAUUGUGGUGCUUUGCAGCAGUGAACCUGUGCGAUCUUGGACAGACAGAGGUGUGGAUGAACCCCAGGCAACCCUCCAGACCCUGGAGACAGUGUUCCAGCUGAUAAACAUCUCCCUGGACUUCUGGCAGGCUGAACGCUUCUGUCUGACGCAGUUCAGCACUCUGGCCACCAUGGGGCACCACAGGGAGGAGAACGGCACUCUGAAUCUGCUGAAGGAGGCGGGGCUGGACAAGUCUGUGUGGGUCAGAGACCCCGAUAGGCUAACCAGGACUAUGCCGGCAGUCUCCAAGCAGCACGUGUCUCUGCUUGCCCUGACCUUCCCGUGGGAGUUCCAAGAGGGCUACGCCCGUCUGGACCUGCAGUUCCAGCCGCUGUCGGCCGUUAGCGUGUGCGUCCGGGUGCAGUGGGACCCGCGCCACGACCAGGUGUCCACGGUCUUCAGCUACGCGGCGCGGGUGUUCACCAAUGAGUUCCAACUGCGGGGGCGGGUAGACGGGGCGGGGCGCAUCCUGCUGGCGCUGAUCGUGCACGGCCAGCACCGGCCCUACAAGGCCUCCUUCCCCAACGACGGCGGCUGGCACCAGCUGUGCGUCACCUGGCGCAAGUGGGAUGGCUACUGGGCCAUCCACGUGGACGGGGAAAUGCGGGACGCCGGGUCCGGAGAGGACACGCCCAGGGACAUCCAUGGGGAGGGCAUAUUCAUCAUAGGGCAGGACCAGGACUCGUUCGGGGGAGACUUCACUGAGCCCUUUGUGGGUAACAUUACGGAUCUGAGAAUUUGGGAUACCAUGCUUGGGGAGAGACAGGUCCUGGAGUUCAACACCUGCUCCCAACUGACCCCAGACCCACUGUUUGCCUGGAGGAUCAGCAACAUGACCCUCUACCCUAAUGUGAGACAGAUCCCAGUCCAGCUGCAAUGCCCAGCUUUCUACAAGCAGAAAAAAGCCAAGCUGUGCCAGGCUCUGAAGGGGUCCUCCUCAGGACAGCCUCGCUACACCCCUGUUCCCUGCACAGACACACUGCCCUUCAUAUGCACCACCAGCACAGAACGCUUCGCGAAGAUGAAGGAGCUGAACGAAGCGCACGACAGGAAGCCGAGCCCUUUCAUGCAGCACCUGAUGCAGCUCUCCAACAGCACCCUGACGCAGGUUACAGAGGGGCUGAUCCCCGACGAGCCUCAAGAGCUGACCUGGGGUCAGGUAUCCGGCCUGCUCGACGUUUCCAGGCAGGCCUUGGAAGAGUCGCCGGGCGAUCUGGAGCCCGCCGACGUGCUUCACCUGGUGCAGUUCCUGGCCCGCGCGGCGGAGGUCCCGACGCGCUCCAACGAGAGUCACGAGGCCGCCGCCCUCACUCGCCACUUCGUCACCGUGGCGGACAGGAUAGUCAGUCAGGAACAGGCUCCCACGUGGCAUGCCAUCACGCAGGUUGUAAAUGGACCAAUGGCAGUGGUAGAGAGCAUUGACCGGAUGGUGACCAAUCUACAACCUCUGAUGAUGGCUGAGAGUGAUACACUUCUGAUCCAAACUGACAAUAUCAAGCUGACAGUCCAGCAGAAGAGUUUGGGAGAUGACGCCACUGGUUCUGAAUUCUGUGGACUUGACUUUGAAAAUGACACCGGCCUAGACUGCAUCUCAGUCCCAACCCAGGAUAUGCAGGCUCUUCAUGACUUUGGCUUCCGGAAGGUUACCCUGAUGAACACCUGGUAUGGUUCCCUGCGCCCGCUGUUUCAGACACAAAGCAACGUCACCCUGUUUCCUGCCGUUACCGACGGCACUCAGAAGUAUUUAGGGACAGUACUGGGCUCUUCUGUCAUCUCCAGCACGGUGCUCGGGGACGGCCAGCCUAUCAGCAUGGCAGUUCGCUUCCAGCUGCAGCACAAACCUGAGAGCCUUCCUGGGACAGCAUAUGAUCCUGUUUGCGCAUUUUGGGAUUUCAGUCUCACGCCAGAAGUCGGAGGAGGCUGGUCCACAGAGGGGUGCCAGGUCAUUUCCACUGGCAAGACCUCCACCUCCUGCUACUGCAACCACACCACUAACUUUGCUCUGCUACUGCAAGUGUACGAAGUCCAGAGGAGUCCAGAGGACCAGAGUGCCCUGCAGGUCCUGACUCUCAUUGGCUGUGGAGUGUCACUGUGUGGCCUCAUCCUCACCUUCAUCCUCUUUAUGGCUGUGGGUGUGCCCAAAUCAGACCGGAACACGGUCCAUAAGAACCUCAUUGUGGCGCUGGGGACGGCUGAACUGCUCCUGAUGUGCAGCGACUCCGCAUCACUCCACCAGGAGGUGUGCCUGGUGGUGACAGCAGGGCUGCACCUGUUCUUCAUGGCUUCCUUCACCUGGAUGCUGGUGGAAGGCCUGCUGUUGUGGAGCAAGGUGGUGGCUGUGAAUAUGAACGAGGACCGCAGGAUGAGGCUGUACUACCUGAUUGGCUGGGGUGUGCCAGUUGCCAUUGUCAGUGUGACCUUGACAGUUUCUUUUGACAAGUACAAGGCUGACAAUUACUGCUGGCUCAACGUUCAGACUGAUAUCAUUUGGGCCUUUGUUGGCCCCGUACUUUUUGUUCUGGCGGUCAAUGCAGUGGUACUAUGUCGAGUUGUCAUGGUGACAGUGUCAAGCGCUCGACGACGUGCAAAGAUGCUCACGCCAAGUUCUUCUUCCCAAAUACACGCAUUGGACCUCACUUGGGCAGCGACCCGGCCCGUUCUGAUCUUGUUACCAGUUCUGGGCCUUACCUGGCUGUGUGGAGUUCUGGUGCACCUGUCCACAGUCCUGGCCUACCUGUUCAUCGCACUCAACGCCUUCCAGGGCCUGUAUAUCUUUCUAGUGUACGCUGUUUACAACAGUGAGGUGAGGAAUGCCAUAAGAAGGAUCAAAGAAAAGAGGAAGGCAUUGUCCUUUACGAACUGCUCCCAGCCAAUCGGCUUCCUUCCAUCACAGAGGACGACCACCGCCUCCUGGACCCGGUGUGUUCCAGCGCUGUCCAGCCCAGAGACCAGCGAUACCUCCGCGCCAGGCCGCACCUCCUGCGGGUCCCUGGUCAUUAAAAACGAGAGUUUCAGGAAAGAGAGCUUUGUGAGUUUCUCCCUGAAACCAGCCGCAGAAAAUCAGGUGGUUCAAUUGACAGCCUUCAAGCCAUCAGGUUGCUAACUCACUGAAGUCCACUGAAGAUAGAAAGACGUGCUCUAUGAAGGACAGGAUGACAGACACAUGCAGUACAUGCUCCCAAUCACACAUAAAUGAAUACCAUACAACUAUAGAAUGGUCAUUGGUUGUAUGUCAGUACACACAGUGUGUAUUAGGGAUAUUAAGGAGAGAGAGGGUGACUCUAUCAACCGCCCCCCCCCCCCCCCCCCCUUAUCUCCCAUGAUUCUCUGCAAUUUGCAGUUCCCAGGGUUAAGACUCACCUGUUGUUUGGGAAAUGGACGUUCCACAGAGCCAACGAUUUCAAACACUGGCUUCAAUCUCCAAACAUCACAGCAAUUCCUGUUCAGUACCAAUUCAUGGGAAAAAAAGAACUGCGCCUUCAACUUUUUAUUUGUAUGCUUGUUUUGGUAUAUUUGUUGUAAGAGUCAUGUACAGUAGUAUUGUUGCAAUUAAACAAAUCAAUCUUCCCAUCUCUGUUUGAAAAUCAUGUCUUUUUAGGAUAUGACCAGACAAUAUGAUCAUGUUGUCAGCAUAUGUGUUUGUCAGUCAGAUAUGCAAUUAAAUCUCAAUCACUAGAG